AUGAGCACGAUCGAUGGCUUGCAAAUCCUUCAUUGGAUUCCAGUCGUGAUCCAGGAAGAUUACUGUAUCGGCACCUGUGAGAUUCAGACCAACACCACCGACCUGAAACGAGACACGGGAACGUCUCCAUCUAGCACUAAAUGUGAUACGACACUUCCGAAUUCUCCACUACUCAAAGCAUUCGAAACAAGUUUAGCCGAGUUGAUAUUCUCGAAGCAUACUCGUAUCGAAUCCUCCAGUAAUAUCUUCUCGAAUGACACGUGGAAGGCUACUCGGUGCACCGAGAACAUUGAUAAAAUUGGAGUAUUCCGCUCGUUUUUUAAGUCACGACGGGAAUUAAUCGACGGAACGCUUCUCCAGCGGCGUCACGAACUGCUUCGCACUGAUCUAUUUGGUCGGACUGUCGAAUACGCUGCCUUGCUCACGUCUUCAGGCGCUCCUCCAGUGGCUUCCGUACUCGUUCGAUCAAAUCCUCGUACAACACAAUAUUCGAUGAAUUCAUUGCAAUCUUUUGUCAAUCCAUGUACAAUAGUUGUCAUCUCAUCGUACUGCUUCCCAGGACCUCUCACAAUUGAAUCUGCUAGUUGUAUGAUUGUCAUUGGUGGCGGUUUCUCUGUGAUUUUUGCAUUAACUGCUGCUCUAUAUAGAGCGGCCCACUCGUUGACAACAAUCGAAACUCCUAGAUUGUGCAUUAUGCUCUGUCGAUGUUUUAUUGUUACUGGAAAUUCCAUCGACAUCGCAUGCGAAUACAUCGAUUUGAGGAUUACGGUGAUCGAGAAGAAGACAUCCAAGCCAGUUUCCAACUUUCUGACUUACAUCACCUUUUUCUAUAAGAAUAUGCCUGAAAAUAGUUGCUUGAGAGAGUUCGAUGUCUCCGGAGAUCUGGAGCCCAGCGAUGUCGUGUGGAUCGGCGCGAUGAGCGUACGAGAUGAAGCGCUCUCCGUUGACGAAGACUUGGAAGGCGUAGUCCUCGUUUUGGAUGACAAGGUCGAAUCCUACUCCCUUCUCGAAUGGGAUCUUUCCCUCGCGCUCCUCAUUUCCCCACUCGUUGGCGGCGAGCGAGUUGCGGAUGACAAGGUUGACGUGGAAGCGCUUGGCCUUCUUCUCGACGGUUCCGAAGACAAGGAGGCUCUUUCCAACUGGAAGUCCGUUGGCAAGUCCGCUUUCGUAUGGAACUGGGUAGUACUUUCCUCCCCAGUGAACGUGGUUCAAGUAGAGAUCUCCAUCAAUGGAGAGAUGAGAGAUCGACGACAGUGGAAGACGGUGCUCGUAGUCCUUGAACUCCUUGUGGUCGACGAUGAUCUGUAA